GCUUCGGUGUCCGGAUUGCUAAGCUAAGGUUGCUAACCGUGGUGAUUGUGUUCGUGGAAGCGAAAGAAAAGGCGCCGGGACGACAGAAGGGCGGGCGGAGACGUCAUUGAAAACCGUCGACGACGGAGGAAGCGCGCGCCAUGGAAAGGCGAGUGCAGCCCGAGCCCCCUCGUGCUGUCAAGGAAGAGAAGGAAGCGCCCACUCGCAUGAAAGAGGAAGAGGAGGAGGCUGUCGUCACGUGGCCGUUCCCUUUUGCCCCCCUGAAGACCGAAGAGGAUGAAGGCCGAGGUGCGAGGGAGGCCAGCGGAGGGGAGCGGCCGCCAAGAAGCAACUUGACUCAACACAGGACAAGCGAAGGUGAGGGCCAAUCCCCGCCCGGCAACCUCGACGCGCCGCUAUCCGAUGGCGACAAUGUCACCUCGGAAUCUCGCAUUAAGGAGGAGGAAAAUCCUGGAGAGGACAAACGCUGGAAAUGUUCCCAGUGCGGGAAAAGCUUUAGUGUGAAGUGGAACCUGAAAAUACACGUGCGAGGACACACUGGAGCCAAACCUUUUACCUGCUCCAGUUGUGGGAAAGGAUUCACCGUCAAGGAAAGUUUAAUCUGCCACAUGCGAAUGCACACUGGAGAGAAACCGUUUGCCUGCCCCGUUUGUGGCCAGCGAUUCGCCCAGAGGGGCAUCUUAAGAACGCACGUGAGAACUCACACCGGGCAGAAAAACUUUGCCUGCUUGCUUUGCGGGAAAAGGUUCUCGGAGAAGGCGCAUUUGACAAGUCACACAGCAACCCACACCGGCGAGAAACCGUUCUCCUGUUCGCUCUGCGGGAAACGCUUCUGUAGGAAGACCACGUUAACGAGGCACGCGAGAACGCACAGCGGAGAGAGACUCUUUACCUGCUCCAUAUGCGGGGAGAGAUUCGGUCGGAAGACCAAUUUGAUGAUGCACGCCAAAAGACACUCUGGAGAAAAACCGUUUGCGUGCCCGGAUUGCGGCAAGGCCUUCUUGUCGAAGACCAAUUUAACGGCGCACGUGAGGACGCACACGGGCGAGAAACCUUUUGCCUGCUCGGUCUGCGAGAAACGCUUCACUCAUCAGGGAGCCUUGAAAGUGCACACAAGAACGCACACUGGCGACAAGCCGUUUGUCUGCUUGGUUUGCAAUCACAGAUUCACGGUUAAGGCAAAUUUGAUGCGACACACCAGAACGCACACUGGCGAGAAACCGUUUAGUUGCAGCGUGUGCGAUCGGAGAUUCACCAGUAACCAAAGUGUGAAAAAACACAAGUGUCGGGGUGAGCGUAACGGCAAUCAGUGACGCUCUGCGUCGACUGACUCUUUGCUAAGCUGGAAAAGUUAUAAGCCAAUAAAACAAUUUGCCUGCUCAGUUUGUGAGAAACGAUUCACUCUCGAGACAAAUUUGGCCACGCAUACAAAGACACACAGUGGGGGGAAAGCCAUUUGCCUGCUCAGUCUGUUGUCAAAGAUUCCCUUUGAAAUGAGAUUUCGUCGCACACACAGUCAUUCACUCUGGAGAGAAACCUUUUGCCUGCCCGGUUUGUGGUCAAAGGUUUGCGCUGAAGGCCAAUUUAACAGUGCACCAAAGAACGCACACUGGGGAGAAACCCUUCAGUUGCAGCGUGUGCCAUAAAAGAUUCUCGAGUAAGCACCAUGUGAAG